AUGUCUUCCAAACAAUGUGUUGUUGUUGGUUGUGGUACAUCAUAUGAUGAUAUGAUAACACUUCGUCAUCGUUUUCCAAAAGAUGAACUGACAUUUAACGCUUGGGUAGAAAGGUCUGGAAACAACAAAUUAUCUAAUUUACCAAUGAACGAUGUUUACAAACGUUUUAUUAUGUGUGACAAGCAUUUUGCGCCAAGCUGUAAAAGUCCUGGAUUUAAGAAGCUCAUAACAAAAUCUAUUCCUACUUUGAAUUUAUCAGAUGUCGCUGAUAAUAAUAUGUCUAUUGAAGUUGUAACUGAGGAUUUUUGGGAAGGUACUAAUUGUCAAAUGCCUACUGAAUCUGUAAAUCGUAUAAGAUCUUUUGAUUUAGAUGUUGAAUUAAAUACAGAUUACACUUAUGAAGAUGAAGCUGAAAUGUCUAUUGAGAUUAUUACUAAUGACUUUGAUGAAGGUACUAUUCCACAAAUGCCUAUUGAUUCUGGAAUUAACAUAGAAGGAGAUCGGUUAACACCCAAACUCACUGAUUGUCAUAUGUAUCCAGCUACACUGAAAAAAAUGAAAGUGGCUAAUGCAGCUCAAGUUUUUAGUCAACGCGUUGGAGCAAUUAUGAAACGAUUUGCUGAGAUGAAUAAAGAAAUUCCAGUAAUAAUAGGCCUUGAUGCUUCAGCACAAAGUACAGGACAAUUGUGUUUAUUUAUGGAUAAGUUAUUUGAUAGUGCAAACGGUAACUCCAUUAAACCAGAACUUGGAAAAAAUUUAAGAUGUGCAGUUACAAGAAAUUCGUCUCAUUGGGAUUUUUGGCAAAAAGCAUUAAUUACUCUCAAUUCAAUGAAGUACAUAAAUACAAACAAAGCAAUUGUUCCUUCAAUUACUAAUUGGAUAAAGACAGUAAAGGGAAUUAUGCACAUUUGUAAACGACUUCUUGAUUGUGGCUUUGCAUUUGUAUUGUUGCGAAAUUUUAAUCAAGAUCCGAUUGAAAACUUUUUUGGUUCUAUUCGUAGUCAUGGAGUCAGGAAUAUAAAACCAACACCGGCUGUGUUUAUGUCAUCAUUUAAAGCAUUGUUAAUAAACAACUUCACGUCUAACCAUUCGGUAGGAUCAAACUGUGAAAAUGAUGAUUGUGAUGGUGCUUUGGAUAAUUUAAAGAAUUUCUUAUUUGAUGAAAUACCCCUAGAAGAAACUAUCAUUCAGAGUCCAACAGAGAGCAUGAUUGAAAUUGAAAUUCCAAAUGUUAAAAUACCUAGUUCUAAUUCUCAAGUGAAUUCUGGAAGUAGAGCUUAUGUUGCUGGAUGGCAAUUCGCCCACAUCGAGAUUGGUCGAUACGAGAAGGCACUUAGCAUUCGUAAGGAUGAAUAUGAAUGA